UCUCAGUUUUGACUACCAAAGUCCUUUAUAAGCGCCAGCAGAGCUCAACGGCCCAGAAUUCGGUACGCUCAACGGUUCGUACAACAAAGUGAUCGCAUCACACCAAGAGUUCAGGCUGUUAACGUUAGUGGAUUACAACUGGCUACCCUAGGAUACUCUAAGCGACGGACUUCCCGUACCAUCAUGCCAACCAUACUCGUUCGUAGCGCUGAACCGACCAAGAUGACUUUCCGACGUGUACUACCUGUCAGUAGGCCGUCUGGUUUAUUGAAAAAAACUGCUGGGCCUCAACGUUGUUUGUUCGGUGUACCUGAUCACCAGGAAUCAAUCCGUGUUGCACGCAAUGAAAUAAAGGUCGAGCAACAGAGACUUACGAGCAAGUACAACUUUGACUUCGAGAACGAUGCACCGUUGCCCGGCGAGUACAAAUACGAAAAGAUCGACCGGUCGACGGAAGCUAUCGAAAGUCGCCUUCAUGAAGUCCUUCUCGUUGCGGAAAAGGAAAAUCUAAACGUCGGUACGUCCAACAGUGGCGGUACACAGAGAUCCAUUACUGAUUUUUACAUUGUAUCCCGCAAACGUUCCUGUCCACCCGAGUCACCCAAGGUGGCAAAGGCGAUGAACGCUAGCACUUCAACGACGACCACGUUACCUGAUUCUGAAUCAAGAAGACUCACACUCACUGAGAUCUGCGAGUGAUCUACAACCUAGUGAAUGAACCAGUAUAGCGCAACACAGCAGCCACAGACCCGCGCUGUUGUAUGGAUUCAGUAUUAACAACUGUCUCUGAUCAAGGCGUUGCACAAAAAACCAUAAGUCGUGAUCGUCCCGGUGAUAACUAUGUCGGCGUUUGCUUGUACCUCUUCAGCACACUCGACAUCAAAUGUACACAUGUAUAUCAGAUUUUAGAGAGAUAUGAUUAAACAGGGAGGUUCGUGGCCUGAAGUCAUAUGACGGCCCUGCUGUAUAUUUCACACACAAAAAAAUGUAUAAGAUGUAAUAUUAUUUCCGUUAGUUCACGCAGAUGAGAUUAGAAAUGUUUACUGCUGUCGUCUUUUGGCACCGCGAAAAAUUCAACAUUCCGCUAUGAACCAACAAGUAUGAAUCGGAAAAAGACCAGCAUGACAGGACAACAGCGUCGAUACGUCGCAGAGCUUUAAUCUACGUGGCAAUUUAACAUAAACGAAAGAAGAUAGAGUUUGAGAACGAGACGAAAACACAGUAUAAAAAAAUAAAAAACUAACUACCUAAGACGAAAUA